CAAAUUUUUUUUGCACGUGUUCUCCCCGAAUCCUCCUCCUUUUUCCAAUGAAAAAUCGUGAAAUUCUCACCCUACAAUUCGGCAAUUAUGCCAAUUAUGUUGGGACUCACUUCUGGAACAUACAGGAAGCUGGAUUUCAGUAUGAGCCAGGUGCGGAGAUUGGCGAAAUUGAUCACAAUAUUACCUUCCGUGAGGGACAGAAUCAUCGUGGUGAUAUGACAUACACUCCAAGGAUGCUCUGUGUGGAUUUAAAGGGUUCCCUGGGGCAUCUCUCCGAGGAUGGUGAUCUCUAUGCCGACGAAUCAAUGGCAGACCUUCGUUCUGGGAAACCAGACACCAUCGCAUCGCAAAUCCCUUGGAAUUCACAGAGUAUAGAAGUCGUGGAAGGGCAGGAGGUGAAGAAGUCUCAAUAUCAAAUGGAUUUGGAUUCAAUGGGACAGGCUCAAGAUGAGAAGGAUUAUGCAUUUAGUAGCACUGUCCAAUCAUGGUCAGAUUUCAUGCAUACACGCUACCACCCACGCAGUGUAAACAUCAUCAGGGAAUACAAUCAUUCAAAUGACGAAAACUCCUUUGAUACCUUCACCAAUGGCAGGGAAUUGUGGCGCAAUGAAUCCUUCGGGGAGGAUUUUAGUGACAAAAUUCGGCAGUAUAUUGAAGAGUGCGACAACUGCCAAGGAUUCCAGGUUUUUUUCGACGCAAUCGAUGGAUUUUCCGGGCUCACGGCCAGGUGCUUUGAUGAACUCAACGAUGAAUACGGGAAGACUGUCCUGGCGUACCCGUUGAUUCCACCUCAUGUGAGGAAUUUUAAGAAUGCCGAUGCUGCAGCAAGUUCCUUAAUCCGAAUUGUAAACCUCUCCAUGAGCUUUAUGUCCCUCAUUGAGAGUGUCUCCCUUUUUGUGCCUCUCUCGACAAUGGCACAAGGAUGGAGGGAUGUGGCAACUAGCAGGGAUUUCCCCAACAUCACCUACAAUCCGGAAAAUUUCUAUCAAACAUCCGCAAUCUUGGCUACCUUCCUAGAAACCAUUAGCCUCAAAUAUCGUGCAAAGGACCUCCUUCAGCCGAUGAUUCUUGCAGAUUUCUGUUCUGACCUCAGUGCCUAUGGAUUGAAGAUGAGUGCAGCUAAUUUAGGUUUGCCAUUUAAUAUGUCAACUGCCUGUGAUACUUUGGAGCAGCCAAAGCAUAUCUUCACCCACUUGACGCCCAAUAGUGAAGUAUCUCGUGGGCAGAUGAUGCAAACGGUCGUUCGUGGGAUUCAUAGAUCACAAAUUGCUGCUUUAGAGCCACGAGCAUCAUCGUCUGUUUUAUCAGUAUUUCCCUACGCUGAUGCCUCCCUAAAGAUGCAGAAAUACUUGGAGAGAUUCGAUUCUGCAAAUGUAAUUCCGGUCAUGACCUGCGAGACCCCAAUGCCCGUAAAAGUGCCUUAUCCGGAGGAAAUUUUUGCAAAGAUUAUCAGUGCUGCUACGUCCGGAAGUCAGUAUUUGACGGAGAAGCCUCUUAGAAUAUCCUCGAUCCCCGUUUUGGCAGGCAUCACAUCCACAAAGCACCUUAUGGGCACCAUUGAUAGUCUCCAUGUUGAAGCUGAAAAGGUUAAAUUGGGAAAAUUGUGUCGCUUCAGAGAGACUGGCCUGGAGUCCGAUGAAUACACUGAAGUUCUUCACAAACUCCUGGACUUUCGUGAUCUCUAUGACGAUCGUGUUGCAUUGUAGGAUUGUAGGAUAUAUCACGGUCUGGUGAACCCCAUGAGACUAAGGGGGAUAAAGUGUCAAAAAAUGAGAUGCGAGCCUGAGUCCCAUGGAGCGGAGAUUUCAAAUGGAGUGUAUAAAUAUAUGCCUUGAAUACGUAAAGACUUAGUGACCCUACACAGUAC